GCGAAGGAGGAUAGCAAGCGAUGUUCAUGAUGAUAUCUCCCUCGAACAUGAUUUCCCAGAACAGAAUAAAGGCAGUACACACGCUUUAGCCCCGAAUCCAAACUUUCGCGUCUCUUGUGUUCUUCCGACCGUGACUACGCUGCUUAAGUUUUCUCGCUGACUCCUCUAGCAACACCCAAGUAGCCCAACUAAAGCUAUGUCCGCAGAGGAGAUCGUUCAGGACAUGGCGUUCGUCGACGAUGAUGACGGUGAGCUCGUACGUUGUGAUUUAGGCGCACAUGGUACAAGCAUCCCCGGUUAAUGCUGCAGAUAUGCCCCCGCUCGUCGACAACCCGUACCCGGCGGCAAGCAUGACCUUCACGUUCGCGGCUAACAUGACUCCAAUUGCGUACGGAACGGAUGCAAAUUUUCUCGAGAUUCCUCCCGCGGCUCCGCGGUCGUUCAUGUACACUCCUGAGCCCGAGCAAGACUUUGAACCUGCUACCACCAACGCUCACUCGAAGAAGAAGGAGAAAGACGCGAACUACAUCCCCCGCCCCCCGAAUGCCUUCAUCCUCUUCCGUUCCUCGUUCAUCAAAGCCCAGCACAUUCCGGAGAAGAUCGAGGGGAAUCAUAGCGCGCUGUCCAAGAUCAUCGGAAAGUACUGGAAGACUCUUUCGCCCAAGGAGCGGCAAAUCUGGGAUGCAAAGGCCAUCAUGGCCUUGGCUGACCAUCGCAAGAAGUACCCCGGCUGGCGGUUUAGAACGACGGCGAACGCGCUAGCUAAGGUCAAGGACGGACCGAAGCGCAAGAACAAUAAGAAGGCUAGAGGUGAAGCGGACAAGAAAGUCAAGGACCGAGAGAAACGAUGCGACAGGAUCGCGGACCUACUGGCCGCCGGAAAGACAGGUGCGGAUCUGGAGAAAGCAAUAGAGAAGUUCGACCAUGAGAUAGAGGACGGGCUCAAAGUCAAAGACGAAGGAUGCGGUGUGUUCGCUGCGAAGCCCCAGGAGAGCAUACCACCCCCUGGGGCAUGCAACGUUCCAAGCGACGUCGGCGAAGUCGGGAAUCUGAAGAGAUGCGGGGAAUCUCCUGGGGCGUCGUGUCCUGUCAGUCUCCCAGAGGCUCGCGAAAUCUCUCAUGACUUGUGCAAUCCCAGAUUCUGCACCCCGCUGACCUCCAUGUUCAGGCGUUCCUCGUCGGCCCCUGCUGCGCACAUGCGCCCAGCUGCCGGGGAUACAGCUCUUCCUAGCGCGCCCUACCUUGGCCGUCGCGAAUCGUUUAGCUCGUUCUCUUCCUACUCAGACGUUCAGCAGCCUCCUGCGCUCCCUGGAGGCGUCGGCCAUGGGGCCAAUCCACGUGUAGAACGCAAGGGCAACGCGGAGUUCAACGUGGCAGCCAUGCGGCAGAACGACUGGAAUUAUCAGCCGUCUCCCUUUGUCUUCUUCCACCCCCCGAGCUCACCCGAGCUGGCCUAUCCAGGUUGGGAAGAGACUCUCGCUUCGCCUCCCUAUGGUAGCCAGGUUCACAGCCCCAGCCUUCCGCCGUCAGAGAAUGAUACAGAUGAUUACUCAAGCCCUGUGCAGUCACCUAUGUCUUCUGCAUUCGACAUGUUCCCAGAAGCAGACGCCGCCAGCGUCUACUCUGAGCGCGUCAGCGAUUCCCCUGACGCUCAGCACGCCCAACUCUUCUCUCACUGUCCCGCGAUGAAGCCUUGGACGGGCGGUGGAGAAGCGAAGGCUGUCCCAACAGGACACAAUCCUUUCCUCGGUCCCUUCGUCGUGACCCCGCAGACGCCUUCGAUGUAUGACCCCGAAGGCAUUAUGCAGAACGCCUUCGAAGCUGCGUCCUAUGCUCAUCUCAGCGCCUGGGAUAUCGGCUUCAGUCAGUAUCAGCCGUCUCAAUUCCGCGGUACCGACAAUUGGGAGUGCUUGCAAGAGUACAACCGUGCCGCUCAGGCGUACACCUGUCGCCCUGGAGACAAUGAUCAAUUGUCAGACUAUCUCUCCUUGUCCGUCAACUAGACAGCAGCUCUAAGUUCUAUCGCCUCUGGAAAAAAUACACGAAUCACCUAUGCCCACCUCGGAUUUACGCCCUCAACACCCUCACUCAUGCGCUCCAUUAGCCGUCUUGCCUGUGACGAUCUCCGAACCGCCUUCUCCAUACACGCUUCACGGAUUCCUUACCGCUCUCGGUUGUACAACACACUCCCUUUUUUCCACUCACUGAAGUCGAACUCCUGUUAUGCCUUGUCUCGCCUCACCGUCAGUCAGUCUACAUUAUGUUUGUUUGUGCUAUGCCGUCCUUGUCUUCAAAGUGUAUGUCCUCGCCCAUGUAUGUACUGUGUAUUACUUCUGUAGAGUAGCGCUCUGUCCUCGGUGCGUGUCCUGUCCUAUGUUAUAUUAUGAAACUUUCACUCUAUCAGCCGCUCUGAGGAAUGCAAAUCUACCAGUCUUAA